AUGGACUCCAGUCCUGAGCAAAAUGUAUACUAUGUGCAUCCAAGUGAUUAUGCUAAGAAGAAUAAGACGAAUACUUCAUUGCAUUUUAAUGUGAUCCUUCUCGGGAAAAUAGGAGAUGGAAAAAGUGCCACAGGAAACACCAUACUGGGGAAGAAAGCUUUUGUAUCUAAAAGAAGCUAUAAAUCUACAACUCAAGAGGUUCAGAUGGAGAGAGUGAUUUUUGAUGGAGUGACUUUGGAUGUGUACGACACUCCAGGACUCUUUGGUCCAGACAGAAUAAAUGAAAGCAACAAGGAGAAAUGCAAGCCUUUCCACCAGUUAGACUCAUCAGUCCCCCUGGUGUUCCUGCUGGUGAUGAAGGCUGACAGAUUCACUCCAGAAGAGAAGAAAACUGUUGAGCUGGUUGAGAGAAUGGUACCAGACUGGCUCCUCCAGAACAUCUGGAUCCUCUUCACCAGAGGAGAUGAGCUGGAGAGUGAGGGUUUGUCUGUAGAAGAGUUCAUAGAAGAGACUGAGGAGCUGAAGAGAGUAAUACAGAGAUUUAACAACAGAUACCACAUCUUCAACAACAGAACACACAAUCCUGAUCAAGUAAAACGACUGAUUGAGAAAAUAAAAAAGAGUCCACUCAAUAUGGCUCCAGAAAGGCUGCCUCAGACAACUCCAGUUCACCCAGAGAAAGAUCCUGCCGAGAGAAGAAUUGUGCUGCUGGGAAAGACUGGAGCAGGGAAGAGUGCAUCAGGAAACACCAUCCUGGGAGAGACCAGAUUCAAAUCUCAGUUCAGUUCAUCUUCUGUUACAGCUCAGUGUGAGAUGGAGGAGGCAGUGGUAGCAGGGAGGAGAGUGCGUGUGGUGGACACUCCAGGAUUGUUUGAUACAAAUAUGUCUCCUGAGGAUCUGGCUGUAGAGAUAGGCAUGAGUGUUUAUCUGUCCAGUCCAGGACCUCACGCCUUCCUUUACGUUCAGCCCAUUAAUAUCAGAUUCACACAGCAGGAGGAGGAGGUGGUUGAUAAAUUAGAGCAGAUAUUUGGAGAAGGGAUGAGAAAAUACACCAUCAUCCUGUUCACUCACGGAGAUCAGCUAGAGGGUGAAAGUGUGGAGAAACUGAUUAGAGAAAACAAGUCUCUCAGCAGGCUGAUAGAUCAGUGUGGAGGAUAUCAUGUGUUUAAUAAUAAAGAUCUGGAGAACAAGCAGCAGGUCACUGAUCUUCUGGAGAAGAUAGACAGCAUAAAUGGAGGAAGCUGCUACUCCAAUGAGAUGUUUGAGGAUGCAGAGAGAUGCAAAAUGACAGAGGAGCAGAGAGUAAAGAGGGAGGAAAAAGAGAGAAAUCUGAGAGAAAAAGCGCAGAGACAGGAGGAAAUAGAGAAAAUUAAGAAGGAGACAGAUGAGAAAGUCAGGUGGGAAAUAGAGAAACCAACAAUAGAAGAGAAAUAUAGGGAGAAAAUAAAUGAAGAGACAGAAAAGAAAAUCAGGGAGGAAGUGAAAAAAGAAACACUGAAAAAAAUCAAGGAGGAAAAAAUAAAAAUUGACAUUAAAACAGAGGAGAGAAUUAGAGAUGAAUUCAAAUCAUUUCUUGAAAGAAAUAAGACACGUUUGUGGUUUGCAGGACUAGUCGGGGCUGGAUGUGGAGCUGUGGCUGGAGGUUUUUUAGGUUUCUUUGGAGGAGCAGCUGUAGGAGGAGUUGUAGGAGCAGGUGUAGGAGCAGGUGUAGGAGCAGGUGUAACAAGGCAGGCUUAUAAGAAAAUAGGGGAGAUCAGAAUCAGGAAGCAAAUGGAGCAUGAUAAGAAAUUAGAAUAUGAGAAAUUGACGAAAGAAAUGGAGAAAGAGGAAGAGGAGAACAUUGAAAAGGAAAUGGAGAGACAGAAGCAAGAUAGAGAGGAGCAAAUAACAGAACAAUUAAAGAGAGAGAAGAAAAAAAGAGAUGAUAAAAUGUGGGAGGAACUAGAGAGAGAGAAGAAAAAGAGAGAAGAUGAAAUGGGUGAAGAACUCAAAAAAAUGAAGAUAGAGUCAGAAAAGACAAUCAGUGAUGAAAUGGAGAUGAGGAAAAAAGUGAGAGAGAAGAAAAUGAAAGAGAGAAUAGAAAAAAAGAACAGAGAGGAUAGAAUGAUGAAGAAGAGAGAAGAGAAAGAUUGAUAAGGUGUCAUUGGAAAUGCUAAAUGUUGCGUUAUAUGUAAAGAUCAUGAUCUGAGAAAACAUAAAGCCAAUGUUUUUGAGUCUUAAAAGAGUGAAAGGUUAUUAUACUCAGGGAACAAUAAUAUAUAAUGUACAUAUAUUGAACAUGUUUAAUGUAAGCAGUAGGGGUGGGCGAUAUGGCUCUAAAAUAAUAUCGCGAUAUUUCAGGGUAUUUUUGCGAUAACGAUGUACUUGGCGAUAUAGGAAAACUAAAAUAAUUCAUUCAUUUCAGGAAUAUAGUAUAAUAGUAUAACAGAAUAAUCAUAAUGUGGCAAAAUAAAUAAUAUCGCAUAAAAUAAUAUAAUGCAGCAAAAAAUAUUGCAGAAUAUUUAGUGCAUGCAUACAAACUGCAAACUAAAACAAUUAUACAAUAAAUACACCUAAAGCUUCACAGUAAAUAAUAGAUUACUUUUAAGACAGAACAGCCUUAUUAUCACGAUAUGGAUUUGUAAUAUCACAAUAUUUCUGUGUCACGAUAUAUUGUAUACGAUAUAAUA